GUUAAGAAAUACUGUAGAAUAAAUCUUUAGCGGGUCUUGCUACAUAUGCAUGUAUAGAUCGUAUAGAGGGCUAUACUGUUAGACACGGUUUUGGAGGUGGCUGGGAUUUAGAAGCACUGAUCAUGAUUUAGUAUCCCGAGCAUAGCAACUCAGAAUUUGUUACUCACAGCUAAACCGCUUCUGACACAAUCUGAACCACCUCCGAAGGUGGGUCGAAUAAAACCCGUUUAACAGGAAUGCGAUCCGGAUUCCAACCCUGAUUAAUUAAAGGCCUCGUGUAAACAGGGCUUUAUAAGUCCGGCCCAUAGUUUACUUCCUCUGAGGCACUUUUCCAAUGUAUUUCUCACGUAUAUAUUUCCCAUGUAGAUCUUAUCAAUAGUGUCUAAUUGGGUAUUUUUAUAUUUUUUAUUUACUUCAGGUCCUAGUCGAGCGUCGCCGCCCUCCUUGAAGGAGGUCGGGAAUCAAGCCUAUCCACAGUUUUGUUCUGGCCUGUUACGCAAUAGUAUCAUGAAUAUCAUUCAUUCUAUGUGAGUGCUAACCAAUAGCGAUAAAUAUCAUUUAUUAAAGUGGGUGUUGGCCUCGCCUCUCAGUCAAUCCAACGUGUGCAAAAUUCACACGUGGUACAGUUGAGUGGGUGUGAUCAAUCCCCUUGAGUACUGCAAUCUGAUUGGAGCUGGUGGAAUUGUUGGAAUUCCUAACAACAUAACAAAACUGUGGAUAGGUCCCGACCUCCUUCCGGGCAACGGUAGAGGGCGGCGGCGCCCGACUAUUCAGGUCCCUGAUUGUACACUUUUUAUUUUGUAUCAAGUACAAUUUGGAUCACUAGUAGGAUCUAAGAGUGGUACCCUUACGCAUCUGGAAAUGUUUCCAUCACCUUCUCACUUCCUACUAACAUUUUAAUAAGUAUCUCUGUCACAAUCACUGGAAUUGACCUGAUGUUUGAGAGCAGUUUGAUAAGUAUUAGUGAUAUUCAAAGACUUCUACCUGAAACUGCUUGUUCUGAGAGCAUCAGUGUGUGUGGUCGUAUUAAUAUAUUAUAUGCUGUGGAUUCUGUUUCUCCUGGGGCUCUACUGUACUUUGUUUCCACCACAAGUGCAUGAGCCACUAAACUCAUACAGCAGCAUUAUGUUGGCUGUGCCAAGAAAUACGGGUGAUAAUUUCAGUAUCAGUCACACACCUCCUGGAAGAUACAGUGUCUUAGCUUUUGACCUGGAGAACAACAGUCUGCCAAGAAUGCCACUCUCUCUAGCAUCUACAAGUGAAAUACUGGAAGUGAGGACCUCACGAGGAACUGCUGCUCCCCUGCCCAGUAGUGUAGGAAUCACUGCCGUUAAACUACUUUGUGGAGAUGUCGAAGUGACUUGCUCUAUACCUGAAACAAGCUGCCUAGUAUUGGUGCAUUCAAUCAACUCUCCAGAACAAGUAUUUGUCCGGCUCUUUAACUCCACUGAUGUCCGAACUGUUGUCUUCUCUGUUGAUCUCAUUGGUCUGUGUAUCAGUGCUUACUUGGGCAAAAAAUGACUCGAUAUUUGACAGUCAGUUGUCCUUUGUCACCCAACUGAAAACACCCACCGCCGUUCUUCCUACUACAACCGUUCCCGCUACAACGUCCAAUGUACAAACAAACCCACCUCCUGAGAUUGAGUCACGUCAUCCACUUUCAACAGCAGUUAUAGCUGGGGUAUCUAUGGUGGUGGUGAUUCUGCUAUUGUUUGUAGUCACCACUGUUGCAGUUGUUGGAGCUUUGAGUAAAAGGAGACAUCAUGAAGUUGAGGUUCCAGAGUCAGAUGGAAGAGUGGAUUGGUCAUCAACAUUUGCAGGCAUUGAGCAGCCCAACGAAGCUUAUGCUUCAGUACUGAAGAAUAACAUUGCCUAUGGGCAAAUAAAGAAACCACAGGGACAGAGGAUCGAUGACUCACAAGCCCCGGCAACAUUAGAGGGAGAGUAUGAGAUCAUUGAGCCAGUUCAUGUGUACGAGGAUGUGUUGCCUCAGGGAAAAGUUCCAAGUUGCAUGUACAAGUUCACUUGUACCAUGUGGACUCCGACGUACUAAUGACUACCUCCUCAACUGUUCAGUCGCAGAUCCUCUAGCUGUUUGAUAUGGCUCGCUCAGUUUCUUCCUCCCCCACCGACAAAAUGACAAAAUACAUAUUAUACCGUGUCACAUGCACUGACUGUGAGGAUUAAUUAUUCCUAUAUCACCCCCUCAUGACGACAACACCCCCACCAGUCACCCACGAGGCGUUUGUGCCCCUGCUCGUCCGAAGAGUGGGAGGAUAAUAUCGCCACGUCACUAUGCUUUGACGAGGGUAGAGUGACAAAAUCUUCACCAACAAUAAGACAAAUCUUCAAAUAUCAAACUGGUGAUGUAUUAACGUGCAUUGCAGUCACUCUUAUUGGGAGGAGAUACUGACGGACAUAGGGGAGCAUGGGGAAAUACAAGUGGUGUGUGUGCAUGGGGACGCAUUAUUAAUUGAUGAGAAUCCCUUAAUUCUAGAGUGAACUAUUCAACUAUACAGUAGUACUGUACUCUGCAACUGCUGCAUGUCGAUGAUUUUAUAAGUCAUUUUAGUCGGGAUUCUGUAUACCCCCUUUCGUAAUUCUACCUAAGUUUGAAGAAUCAUUAGUAUGUCUCGAA